CCAAGUUGUGUGUCAGGCAGGCAGACAGGCUGUGCGCCGCUCCGAGCCUUGAGACACUUUACCGGAGACAGAAAGUAGCUGCCGGCGUGCAGGUCCGUGUGACAGCUCUGUGGUCUCCGUCGGUCACUUUGUGGACGUUUCCGUGUUGGACUCGGGGUGUGGACUCUGAGGGUAGGUGCUCGGUGGAUUAUCGGGCUGUAUUUGGAGAAUACCUGACGUUGCAUCCCCAUAUGAGCGCAUAGACCCACCGCCCCCUCAAAAGGUAGGGGCUCACCCAGCUGUAGAGAGACCCUGACCUGGGUAAAAAUCCAGACGAAGAUGGAGUCAUUUAUCCUCUGGAAGGCUGUCCUCAUCUUCCUCACAUUUCCCUCUGCCCAGUGUUCAGAGAGCCAGCCCCAGAGUGCAGUGUUCCUGCCAGAGUUCGCCCUCUCCCCUCAGGGCAGCUUCAUGGAGGAAGCCACAGAAGAUCAGUUCCUGACCUACAGAUACGACGACCAGGCAUCCAGGAUGACUCGUUCAGAUGAAGACAGGGACGCCGGGUGGGACGCCUGGGGCCCCUGGAGUGACUGCUCUCGAACCUGUGGGGGAGGAGCCUCCUACUCUCUACGACGCUGCCUCAAUGGAGGAAGCUGUGAAGGCAAAAACAUCCGCUACAGAGCCUGCAGCACCAUGGACUGUCCAGCAGAGUCAGGGGAUUUCCGGGCCCAGCAGUGUUCAGCGCACAAUGACAUCAAGUACCAGGGUGUCACCUAUGAGUGGGUCCCAGCACCUUAUGACCCGUCGGCACCCUGUGCACUGCGGUGUCAGGCCAAAGGGAGAGGUCUCACUGUUGAGCUUGCCCCCAAGGUGCUGGACGGGACGCGGUGCCGGGCGGAUGCAUUUGACAUGUGCAUCAGUGGAGUGUGUCAGGAGGUGGGCUGUGAUCGCCAGCUGGCCAGCGUUGCCAGGGAGGAUAACUGCGGCGUCUGUGGUGGCGACGGCUCUACAUGCCGGCUGGUACGAGGGCAGGCCCUACCCCACCUUACACCCGAACAAUCUCUAAAGACAGUGCUGGAGGUGCCGGUGGGGAGCCGCUUUCUCAGACUCAAUGCCAAAGGACCUGCUACUAUAGUCAUCGAAACCGUCUCUCUUCAGGGGAAGAAGGAGGAGAUCAGUCUGGGGUCCACAGGGUCCUACGUGAUAGGAAACACCUCCUUUGAAUUCCAAAGAGGGACGGACAGGCAGACGCUCAGGACGCGUGGCCCACUCAACGCUGAUUACAUUAUCAAGAUGAAGUAUGGAGGCUCCAAAGACACAGUAGUCCAGUUUCUCUUCUACCAGCCAAUCAGGUACCAGUGGAGAGAGACUGACUUCUUCCCCUGCUCAGUCACCUGUGGAGGAGGCUAUCAGCUGAACUCUGCAGAGUGCACGGACAUCCAGUCUAACCAGACGCUGCCUGAGCAUCAUUGUAACAGCUAUCCUGAAAACACCAAACCUACACCGAAACUCAAGGAGUGCAACAUGGACCCCUGCCCAGAAAGUGAUGGAUUCAAAGAGGUGAUGCCAUACGAUCACUUCCAACCUCUGCCUCGUUGGGAGCCGGGCCCCUGGACCCAGUGCUCAGUGUCCUGUGGUGAAGGUGGCGGCUGGCAGGACCGCAGCGUGCUGUGUGUGGAGGAGGACACCCAUGGACAGUUCUCCCAGGUGGAGGAGUGGAAGUGCACCCACUCCCCUCGACCUAUCACCCGACAGAUUUGCAACACCUUCGCUUGCCCCCAGUGGGUGGCCAUGGAGUGGUCUCAGUGCACAGUGACGUGUGGCCGUGGCCUGCGGUACCGGGUGGUUCUGUGCAUCGACCAUCGUGGACAGCACAUCGGAGGCUGUGAAGCAUCACUCAAACCUCACGUGAAAGAAGACUGUCUGGUCCCUAUUGCCUGCCACAAGCCCCGAGAAUCCCUGCCAGUGGAGGCCAAGGUGCCCUGGUUAAAACAAGCCCACGAACUGGAGGAACACAAAACUGCUACAGAGGACCCCACGUUCGUACCCGGGCCCUGGUCACCCUGCAGUGCCACCUGUGGGGCUGGAAGGCAAACUCGGGAGGUGAAGUGCCGGGUUCUGCUCUCAUUCACCAAGACGGAGGUGGACCUUCCAGAAGGGGAGUGUGGCGAGGACAAACCAAAUCUUGAGAGGCCCUGCAACCAGGGGCCAUGUUCUAAAGUUCCAGGCAUCUCUUCAGGCCUUGAGGACCAUGGGGCCCCUUACAUCCAGACAGAGGAAGUGUACAGCUGGGACUACAGGGGCUUUACUGCCUGCUCAGCCACAUGUGCUGCUGGGAAGCAGAAAGCAGUUGUGAGGUGUGUUGACAGGAAGCAGGGUGAGGAGGUGGAAGACUCUCUGUGUGAUUCAUCCAGCAGGCCACCAGUAAUGAUCCGUAUCUGUGACCCUGAGCCAUGCCCUCCAAGAUGGGAGGUGACGGUAUGGACCGGCUGCUCUGCGUCCUGCGGCGUUGGCAUACAGACCAGGAGCGUGUUUUGCAUGAGUCUGUUGUCCAUCGACCAGCAGGACAUUCUGACUGUUUCAGAGGACGAGUGCAGGGAAUUUAAACCUUCCAUCCUGCAACCCUGCAACCAGGUGGACUGUCCUCCUGCCUGGGAGACCGAGCCCUGGCAGCAGUGCUCGCAGUCCUGUGGUGGGGGUGUCCAGGUGCGGAAAGUCUACUGUAAGCAGCUCCUGUCCACAGGAGCCUAUAGGAUGCUGGGGGACAAGUCCUGCUGGGGGGCCAAACCUGCCACUAACAGAAGCUGCAGCAACACUGACUGUCUGCCCUACAUGGCUGGAGGAGAAUGGGGAAAGUGCUCAGUGUCCUGUGGUGUGGGGAUCCAGUGGAGGGAGCCCCUUUGCCGCCAGUUGACGGGCGUGGGCCAGCAGGUGACGUUGGCCAAGGAGCUGUGCUUAGGGCUGCCCUCCCCACUGCUCCUGCGAACCUGUCGCAUGAUGGCCUGUCCCAAAACCAAGAAAGAGAUGAGACCCAAAGCCACCAAGAAGGUUCCGGUGAAGUACCAAGUCAAGCAGGCAGUAAGACAUCCAGCAAAGGCCAGAGGCUAUAACCCCGGGGUUAAACAGUGUCCGUUACUCAUGGGUGAGCACCAUAUCUACAUUCAGACCCGCAAGGAAAAACGCCUGCGCCUGACCAUCGGCGGUCACGCCUACCUAUUACCCAACACCUCACUGGUUAUCAAAUGCCCUGUCAGAAGGUUCCCUAGAGAGUACAUCCGUUGGCGGAAAGACGGCCGCCUCCUGCUCAAUUCCAAACGCCUGGUUGUAAGCAAAUCUGGCUCUCUGAAGAUCAACUCUGUGGGGGCAGAGGACAUCGGGGUGUAUAAGUGUGUUGCUGGACCUGCCUCAGACAUCUUCACUCUCCAGCUAAUAGGUAGAGACAGCAGGCCAACUGGCAGACCAUCUACUGCCAGUCCUAGUCCCGACUCGCAAUGGAUGAUGCCCAGCUGUCAUAGCCACUACCCAAGCUCAGAGUUGUUCUGGUCUCAAAUUCGUGUGUCUCUGCUGCCCCCCGGUGUCCACGAGACUUCUCUGCAGCCACUGGUGGAGGAGAGGCUGAGUAAUAUUACGCUGCAGGCCGACAGAGAGGAAAUCAAGCAGGAGCAGGCCUCAGAGCUCAUCUCCUCACUGCUGACCCACAUGCCUUCUGCCCAGCUCUGGACCAGGACUACAGAGGGAGGAGGACAAGUGAAAGUUGCAAACAGACCAGUGAUCAUCAGACAGCAGCAGACCCCCCAGCUGAUUUUUCAGAAAAACAUCAACAUUAGCGUCGGACAGAGCGCCCUCGUCACCAACACCACCCAAUCGCUGACUGUGCUCUGUUCUGCAAAUGGCUUCCCGCCUCCCAUAAUAUUCUGGAACAAAGACGGAGUUUUUCUACAGCAAAGUUUCAGGGUGUCAUGGAAUAGAUCUGGACUCCACAUCCUUCAGCCCAGAGCGUUUGACCAAGGCCAGUACCAGUGCACAGCUACCAACGAACAUGGCUAUGACUCAGAGACGUCUCAGAUACUGGUGGCAGAGCCACCAGCCAUCGCGGUGUCAUGGAGGAAUGUUUCAGACAGUGGGGUUGUGUUUGGGCAUAGCUUGAGGGCCGUGGUCGGGGGACGAGUCGACGUUCGCCUGGGCAGCAACCUCACUCUGGACUGCCCCGUCACUGGCGUUCCUCAGCCCAACGUGACGUGGCACAGGAAGAAUGGACCUUUAGAUGCUGGUGCUGUUUCCUUGCAAUCUGGCUCACUGUGGAUCAGAAAUGUGUCUCUGCACAACCAGGGCACCUACUCCUGCACCGCCACAAACGCCAUAGGAAACUCCACUGCCUCGACUGUCCUGCAGGUCUAUGGUCCAUACCCUGCUGGAGGGAGCAGGGUGGUCCCAGUGUCACAGGAGCUGAACAAGAGAAGGGUCCUUAUGGCAUCACGUCGUGGAACGAGUGUGUUUAUCAGACCCGGAGACAAUCUACGUAUAGGUUGUCCAGUAGUUCCUGACCACAAACUGCCAGUGCGUUGGGACUUUAACAACCAGACCCUGAAGGAAAUUUUAGUUGUUGCCCAGACCCGGAGUCCUGGUCUGGAUCAGGGUCUGCAGUACAGGAUGCUGGUGGGAGGCCGCGUCCUUGAGGUGAACACACUCCAGGAGAAGUUCUCGGGCCGGUACAGAUGUCAGACCCUCAUCAACAGCACCAGACAAGUACUGUCUGCCUGGAUAUUCAUUCAUGCUGAAGAGUUUGGCUGGCGUUUUGGAGACUGGACUGCAUGUAGCGCUUCCUGUGGGAACAGAGGGACUUGGCUGCGAAGGAUUUGGUGUGUCUCUCUGGAUGGAAAGGACGUGCAGCCCACCAUGUGUCAGAACAUACCGAAACCCAUCACUUCACCAGUUCCCUGCAAUAGACAGGACUGCCCCCCCAGAUGGUCUGUGUCAGAGUGGUCAAAGUGCUCGGCCUCGUGUGGCAGUGGCUGGAAACAGAGGCAGGUCUCAUGUCAGCAGCUGGAUGCCAGAGGUGCAAAGAGGACUCUGACAGCCGCUGCCUGUGAGAGGAUGAGCCGGCCAGCGGACACAGAGCAGUGCACCGCUAAUAACUGCCCGACCUGGGUCACCAGUCCGUGGGGAAAGUGUUCAGGAAGGUGUUUAGGCCCCGCCACCACUGUACAGAAGAGAUCUGUCACCUGCCAACACACCAAUGGCUCCUCGUACACAGACUGUGCACUGUGGGACAGGCCUGCGUCGGUACGCGACUGUUCCUCGGACCUGUGUGAUGUCGAGUGGCGCCCUGGUGCGUGGCGGGCAUGCACAGUAGUCUGCGGGAGUGGCUUUCAGUCCCGCAGGGUGGACUGUGUUCACCGCAAGAGUGGCAGGACUCUGGCUGACCAGCACUGUGCCUGGCUCCAACGGCCCUCCACCUGGCAGCACUGCAACACCGCCUCUUGUGGGAGGCGAUCAGCUACCUCCUUCAUCAGUAACACUUUCAAUCAGGUGAAUGCAAGGACACCACCCAGUACUGCAGCGUGGUGAAGAGGCUGAAGCUGUGCUAUGUGGAUAUGUACAAACACAGAUGCUGUGGGUCGUGUUCACAGGAUGCUGACUCCACCUAGUGGCAGUGAGCGGUUAUAACCACAUUACAUUUUGUUUAUGUACAUGAGACUGAACAAAGACUGAAAGGACAUCAUCUGUGGGUGGAUGCUUCAAGAACUGCAGACGUGUGAAUGGGACAAGCUUCAGUCAAAUUCUUUCACUCCCUAAAAGGAAACUGAAUGGAGCCACAAAAGGCUGGAAGGAUGAGGGGGCUUUAUUUUAUGAUCUGGACCCAACCUCCUAAUAUGAAGUGUUCACUAAGUGGAUCAAAUGGAGUUUUCUGACUUUCCUGCAAACAUUUUGUGUGACAAAAAUGAAUAUGGUGAUGUUGCUUACUGUAGAAUGCAGACCACUGCUCUCCUGUAGAAAAGACUUAGACUGAGCUACUGGUUUGCCAGUAUUGACCUUUAUUAGAUAUGAGCCAGUCAUAUCAUCCACUGCUGAUAUAAGUGAGGUUUUGCAAGUACAUAAAAACAGCCUAGAGAACUUGCAAUCAGUCUUUUCUUUCUUUAAACAGUAUUUAUUUGUGUGAAUGUUCAAAAGUGUUUUCAUAAAAUAAUUCACCUAAACAUAUUUAAAGGAAAUUCUGUUUCAUUACAACUUGGGUCACAUUUUCAUAGUUAUGAACAUCAUUUCUACUCACUGUAUUAACUGCUGGGAUCUGGCAACAUUGCUAAAAGUCAGACGAUCAAUUCAGUUCAAUUUUAUUUGUAUAGCGCCAAUUCAUAACAGAAGUUAUCUCAGGACACUUUUCAAAUAGAGCAGGUCUAGACCGAACUCUUUAUAACAUUAUUUACAGAGACCCAACAGUACCACCAUGAGCAAGACCUUGGCGACAAGGGCAAGGAAAAACUGCCUGUUAAAAGGCAGAAACCUAGGACAGAUCCUUCGGCUCUAGGUGGGUGGUCGUCUGUCUUGACCAGUUGGGGUGAAAGAGAGAGACAGAUAGACAGACAGACAGACAGACAGACAGACAGACAGACAGACAGACAGGUGCACAGCAACAACAGUAGCAACAACUACGCUAAUAGUAGUGACUGAUGAUGAUGAACAUGACAACAGCAAUGAUGGGGGACAAUGAGCAGUGACAACAGCAACAACAGUAACCGUAGCUAUAAUAAUACUUUAUAAUAAUAAUAACACUAAUAUCAGUGAUAUUGGCAAUUGUAGUCAAGCAGGACCAUGGCAGGAGGCUCCACCAGGAUCCAUGAGAACCUGCGAGACAAGAAAACACAAGAACUCCGGGGAAGAAGUGAAGUUAGUAACAUGCAUUAAUGGGACAUGAAUGAGUGCAGAAAGAGAGAGAGAGGAAGAGAGGAGCUCAGUGCAUCAUGGGAAAUCCCCCGAUAGUCUAGGCCUAUAGCAGCAUAACUAAGGGAUGGUUCAGGACUCACCUGAUCUAGCCCUAACUAUAAGCUUUGUCAAAGAGGACUGUCUCUUAAAUGUGGAGAGGGUGUCUGCCUCCUGAACCACAACUGGAAGCUGGUUCCACAGGAGAGGAUCUUUGUAACUGAAGGCUCUGGCUCCUGUUCUACUUUUAGAGACUAUAGGAACCACAAGUAGCCCAGCAUUCAGAGAACGUAGUGUUCUAGUGGGGUAAUAGGGUACUAUGAGCUCUUUAAGAUAUGAAGGGGCCUGACCAUGAAGAGCUUUAUAGGUGAGGAGGAGGAUUUUAAAUUCUAAAUUUUACAGUGCAGAGAAGCUAGUAAAGGAGAGAUGUGAUCUCUUUUUCUAGUUCCUGUCAGUACUCGUGCUGCAGCGUUUUGAAUUUAUUGGAGCGUUUUAAUGGACUUAUUGGGGCAACCUGAUAAUAAAGAGUUGCAGUAAUCCAGCCUUGAAGUAACAAAUGCAUGGAUUAGUUUUUCUGCAUCUGUCUGUGAUAGGAUGUGUCUAAUUUUUGUAAUAUUACGUAAAUGAAAGAAGGCAGUCCUAGAGGUUUGCUUUAUGUGGGAAUUAAAUGACAAAUCCUGAUCAAAGAUAACUCCAAGAUUCCUGACAGUGGUGCUAGAGGCCAAGGUAAUGCCAUCUAGAGUAACUAUAUCUUUAGACAGUGAGUCUCUAAGGUUUUUGGGGCCAAGUACAAGAAUUUUGUUUUUUUCUGAGUUUAACAUAAGAAAAUUGCAGCUCAUCCAGGAUUUUAUGUCCUUAAGACAUGUUUGUAAUUUAGAUAAUUGAUUAAUUUCAUCGGGCUUGAUCGAUAGAUAUAACUGCGUAUCAUCUGCAUAACAGUGAAAGUUAAUGGAGUGAUUCCUAAUAAUGUUGCCUAAAGGGAGUCUAUAUAAAGUAUAUAGUAUUGGUCCAAGUACAGAACUUUGAGGAACUCCAUGACUAACUGUAGUAUUUAUUGAAGAUUCAUCGUUAACAUGUACAAACUGCAAACGAUCUGAUAAAUAUGACUUAAACCAGCUUAGUGCAGUUCCUUUAAUGCCAAUUUGAUGCUCAAGUCUCUGUAAAAGAAUAUUAUGGUCAAUGGUGUCAAAUGCAGCACUAAGAUCUAAUAAUACAAGUACAGAGACAAGUCCAUUGUCUGAAGCAAUCAGAAGGUCAUUAUUAACUUUAACCAGGGCUGUCUCUGUGUUGUGAUGAACUCAGAAAGCUUGUAAGCCAAAUGUUUAGCUGUACGGUACUUUAUUUGGAGGUAAAACUGAAAGUGAGUGCGAAGAUGAUGGCUAAAACUGCAAAAUUAAGACUCAAGUUGUAAUAAACCAAAAGUAUCCUUUAAUCUCUCCUUGACCUGCCCUACCGUUAAAUGGAUACGUUAUAUCACCUUGCUUUGAAGAGCUGCUAACCAUAAGAGACUUUCUCUAGAGUGGGUUCCAAUGUUCCAUGUGUUAUAGUGUCCCAUGAUGCUGUUUCGAAGGCUUUCCCAUCCUGAUAAGUUUAAAAGUUUGGUAGACACACUGAAUUCUUGAUCUCCUAUCUUAAGAUAUUGACAAAAAAAAACAUCAUCACAAAACCCUAAUGGUGUCUUCCGUCUAGAACAUCAUGUUGGCCUUCAAAACACCAUAGCCUAUCUGUAAAAACCAACCCUAUCACCAGAUGGAAUGUUCAUGUUGGAUGAUUCAGCAAAAAGCAGGAUUAUGUUCAGUACCAACAUUUUGUCAUGAUCUACUUCUACUCUGCAUGGCAAUUACAGGAUGGCUGUGGUUAGGGAAUGAUAUUGUUUAUGGCAAAAAAGUGGUGAUGCAUAUAUUGGCCUAACAUCCUGAAUAAAUAAAAAACAAUCGACCAAAUUUUUAUUAUGUUACCUGCCCAGCAUCCCUACAAAUAAGUAAUAGUUAAUUUAUGGUUAAAGGAAAAGGGUAAGCCUAGAGAAUCUCCUUCAGGUAGUUUGGAAUAGGGAGCCAUGGCACAACUCAAGAGUGCACACACCGUGUGGACCUCCAUUCAGCCAGGAGAACCCACAAACUACAAAGUGGCAUGGAAGUACAGAAGGAGAGACAGUGGGCCUAAGGCAAACCUGGUUGGGGCUGGGCAAACCGGUGGUCAUGGGAUUGAAAGCUAGGGCAAAAAUAAGAGUCAAAGAUCCAAAGACAGCAAGAUGUUUCAAGAGGAAGCGGAUUACCAAUAGAAGAAACCUGUGGUCAAGGGAAUGGAAUAAGAGUUGUUCCUGAGUAUCAUUAGCCAUUGAGGGGAAGAUGAUAAGGAUAUGGGUAAUAUGUUGCUUAGGUUUGUGGAUUAGGGUCAAAAACUUUGAUCUUCCAUAUAAAAGUCAGAUGUGCUACACGUUCAUCUACCACCCCGACUUUCAGACCCUAAAGCCCUAUUCGCAGGGUACUAGUAUUACCAGAGGACAUCAUGGGAUUUAGAAAUGACCCACUCAUGUCUGUUACGUGCGGCGAUAAGCAAAAUCUGUAUUUCACUUGAAAAUGAAGCCACUAUUGCUGUGCCACAGCCAUUAACAUGCACAUCUCUCUCAAUUUAAAAACAGCUCAUUCUAAGGGAACAAAAACACAAUGGUUCUUAUAUUCAGGUGAUUAUUUACUAAUGAAAACAUACCUAUGAAUAUUAUAUUCCAUUUCUAACGAUAAAUCCUCCUGAAUGUUACACACUGGAGCUACAAAGGCCAGAAUGCUUCCUGCAUUGGCAUUAAACAUUGCACUGCAGAAUCAUCCAGUAUGAACAUAAUUCCUGGAGAUCCUGGGCUGGUGAAACCCUUAUGUACACAGAAUCAAGCAGUGGGAGUGUUUAAUUUAUAACAGCUAUGUCAGGUCAUGCUUGUAUAUAAAACCGAAUUUAGGAUCAAAAUCCUUCAAGACCAUUCACUUGUGUGAAGGUACUGGGUUGUGAUUGUAGUCAUGUGUCACUGAAGGGGGAAAGAGCUGCUGCGGUUGGUGGCUUCAGUUGUGAAAGCAUGAAUUCAAAACCACAUAUUCAUCAGCACCACUCUAUGAUUCUACACUAUGACAGUACAGAAGGUUUUGUAAAAUAAAUUUGAUAUUACAGUGAAGUGAAGAAGUGAGUGAGAAGCACCAGCACAACACUGAGUUUGACUUAUGGGUCUAUUCAUGUUACCUUUGUGUUGGUUAUCAUACUGAUGUGCUGCAUUGUAAAAUGUCUUGUAUAUACUGUGUUUUAAGUGCAAUAUCGUAUAUUGAGUGUAUGUAGAUUGUGUGAGACUUUUAUUUUCUUACUUAUUCAUGGUUACGGUGUCUUUUUAACUCCUGUUUAAGACCUUAGAAUAUAAAGCACGUGUAAAUGUUGAUUAGGCGGUAUGUUUGCUACCGCUCACCUGUUUUGGUUUUUUUUGCAUGUGUUUAAGCGCAAUCUCCAAUGUUUUAUAGCUCCAUUGUGAAGUGCCAUUCUUCAGUGAUUCUCCCUGGCUACUGAUGACUAUCCAGUAUAUCUGAUUACAGUGCUUGUAGACUUGCGGCUUGACUGAGGGAACAUGAGAUACAACAAAUCAUUAACGUGCUUUAAGAUAACAACUCAAAGAAAUAAAGACAGUUUGAACACUUCAUAAA